GAGAGAUAAGAUAAACCGCGGACGCACACGCAUGUCCCACGGGGAGCAUGCUGGAGCAUGGAAUUUCGCGAUUUCUCUCGCUCAAACGCGCCCCAUUUUCUCUCGGGGCUUCCCAUUACACCACUACCAUCAGUGUAAGCCGGCGCUGGUACGAACACAGCUGCUGGAGCUGGACGCGCCGGCCUAUUUAAACCGCGCACAGGUCCAAUCGUUCUGUCAAUUCAGUCAUUAAAGAUUGCUCCGCAAGGGCAACGCACAAUUUCGCGGCAACAGUGACAGAGUGAGGUGAGCUCCGAAACAUCCAACCAGCAAUGGCCAGCCGGAAGAUAACGCCCAUGUUCAACGAUUACGUGUACGACGCGAUCCGUCAGAUUGCGGUCGAGCAGGGCUUUACGCCCGAUCUGUUUUCGGUCGAUUUUGACGAGGAGACGCGGCUCGAGUGUGACGGGUACGUCAGCUUCGUGUUCAAGGCCAUCAUCAAUGGAGACGAUCGGGAGUUUACGCUGUGGUGUAAGGUGCCGCCGAACGAUGACAAACGAUCGUUGGAGCUGUUCAAGCGUGAGUGUUUCUUCUACCGCGAAACCCUGCACGGGUUCUACGAGUUCCAGGCGGAGAAGGGUGUGUCCGAAGAGUCGGGGGAAGGGUUUUACGCGACCCCAAAGUGUUAUCUGGCACACUGUAACACCGACAAGCCGGAACCGGAAGCGUUGAUCAUGCUGGAGUACAACGAAGCGUUCGAGAAGUGGGACUGGGAUAAGCUGGAACCGAUCAAUCUGGAACAUACGCGGCUCGUGAUGCAGCAGCUCGGUCGUUUGCAUGCGUUGUCGUUUGCGAUGAAGGACCAGCGGCCGGACGCGUUCGAGCAGUACAAGCAGGCCGGUGUGGUGCAGGCCAGUGGAUUGAUCACGUUGAUGAAGGAAUCGUACGAUCGUGCACUUACCACGAUGAAAACGCGGUUCGAGUCGGAACAGGACCGGAUCGGGGCCGUGAAGGAUGCUGUGUUCGAGAGUCUGAAGGGAUGUUGCGAUCCGGCCACCGCCGAACCGUACUGUGUCGUUACGCACGGUGACUGCUGGAUCAAUAAUCUUAUCUACUCGCAUAAUGAGAACAACGUGGCAACGGGGGUCAUUUUGACGGACUGGCAAUCGUCCCGGUACGCGUCGCCCAUCCUCGAUCUGUGCUACUUCUUCUUCAUCUCGGCCGGUGAACAGUUCCGGCGGGAUCAUAUGGACAGCUUGCUGCACCAUUACCACGCCUCUUUGGCCGACUUUCUCACCCGGCUCGGUGGGGAUGCGUCGCGUCAAUUCCCGCUCACCACCUUGCUGAGGCUGAUGAAGCCGUACCGUGAUUUGCUCGGUAGCUAGUCGCUUGCUUAUCCCGCGCGCGUGUUGCGAAUCGUUAACCCGUGUUCGUGCUUCUAAUGGAGGAUGCAUCCGGAUACGAUCGGAAGUGGCGGAGUAACCGAUCCGAUGCGAUGCGCGGGACCAUCGUUAGGCACCAGCUGUGCAAUGUUGGCGAGGAGGGUGUCGUGCCUACGGAGGGAGGACCAGUGAGAAGGAUCCCUGCACGAAAGCAACGAGUGUACACGGAGACAUGGCCCCAAAGAUUGCGGGCUCAGAUGGAUGGAGUACGCUCGUACUAAAUAUAAAGUUAGAUAAGAUACCUA